ACCACCGCGAACGGAGGCGCCCGGAGCCAUGGCCCCGACUGCAGAAAACUCCUUGGCCUGCGGCUGCCCUGCCAACAUCUUCUCCUCUGUAGAAGGGGUGGCCGAACGGAAGCUCUACAUCCUGUUCGUGCAGUUGUGCGCUCUCAUGGUCCUUGUCCGCCUUUGGCACAUGAUCCUCAGGCUCAUUCGCCUCCCUCAGUACACCGCCGAGCUCCUCGCUGCAAUUGUCGUAGGUCCAUUCUUUCUGGGUCGUAUCAGCUGGGUGAAGGCGGUGCUCUUUUCCCCAGAGGGUGUGAACACACUGGUAGGAUUUUCGUCCACUGGUGGCCUCCUGGUUGCGUUUCUCUGUGGUCUUGAGAUGGACCCAUCACUCAUCUGGAUCCAUGGGCAUCGAGCCUGGCUCAACAUACUGGGCAUUGUGACCCUUUCGGCCGCAUUAGGUACUGCCACAUCGGACAUGUUAUACAACAUGAUUGAUCCCCGGACCAGCCGUGGCCACUUCCGCUUUGUACUAUCGCUCUUCUUCACCAUCACAGGUUCUCCGGCAUUGGUCCGACAGGCCACUGAGAUGAAGCUGGGCAGCACCGAGGUUGGGAAGCUUGGCGUCUGGGUGGCAGUACUCAACGAUGUUGCCUGCAUCACAGUAAUGGCCCUGAUGACUCUAUUGCCUGUCCUCUCUGGGGCCUCAAUGAUGGAGAGCCCAUUGGAGCCCUUGAUAGCACUGGCCUACCCGGUGCUGGCCUACUUCUUCGUCGGCCGUUUGAUGUGCCAUGUGAUGCAAGACAGGGGCAGCGACGCACAACUGAUGGUGGUGAUGGGGAUCAUGUUGGCAUACACGGCCAUGGGGGAGGUGGUGGGAUACAACGGCAUGGUGGCGAGCUUCAUGUUGGGGAUUAUGGUGCCGAGGGAGGGGGGCGUGGUGACAUCGCUCGUGGACCGGCUCUACUACCCGGCGCGCUUUGUUUGUUUGCCUAUGUAUAUUACAUUCAUGACCCAUGUCUCAUGGGCAGGACCGAUAGAGCCGCUUGCAGUUUUGCCAGUAUUCAUUACGGUGAUCUUGUCUACAACAGCAAAGCUGGCGAUCUCUCUGGGCAUGGCGUGGGUGUACAAGACUCCACUGCACGACGGCCUCAUCUUAGGUUUCCUCCUCAAUGUUAGGUCCUUUCCUGACCUGAUAUUUUUCGCAGUGACCGUGGAGCAAAGAAUGAUUGAUGUCCGGAUUGUGGAGGUUGUGAUGGUCAGCUCCUUCCUCAACUCGUUGGUUGCUGCCUUGGCUCUGCUUGGCAUAAUACGGGUCAACAAGAAACCCAAUGUCAUGAUCUCCACACACUCAGGAAUGGAGGAGCAGAGCAUUGGGGCUGAGCUCCACCUGCUUGUGUGCCUCCAUAACGUCAUUGACGUGCCUUGCUCCAUCAACCUCAUUGAGUCGUGCCGUGGCCACGGUACCUUCUCCCUUUCUGUCAACACCAUGCACCUGAUCGAGUACAAUGAGCGCACGGCCGCACAGCUGUUGUACCGUCGGGACAUCACGCACAUGCUGGUUGGGGGUGAGUGGAAGCAGAUAAGCGAUGCAUUCGAGGCAUACAGGAGCAAGGUGGCCUUCUCGAUGCGGCACAGCACCACCAUCUCCUUCUUCUUCAACAUGUAUGAGGACAUCUGCGGCAGAGCCAAGGAGGUGGACGCCUCCAUGAUCGUUCUUCCCUAUCACAUGCUCUAUAGAGCUGAUGGCAAAAUGCAGGUGCGGAAUUUAGCAAUUAGGAAGCUCAAUCAGAGGGUGAUAAGCCAUGCACCAUGCCCAGUGGGAAUAAUCAUCAAUCGGGGCCUCGGGGGCACCACGCUGAGGUCUGCGGCCCACAUGUCCCACAACCGCAAUGUGCUCGGGCUCUUUUUUGGAGGGCCAAGUGAUCGCGAGGCGGUCACCCUAGGGGGAAGGCUGGCUGAGCAUCCCAACAUCAGCUUUACACUGGUCAACUUCUUGUUUACAAGACCUAACAAUCGGCCGGAGCAGGCAAGGCCUCGAGUCUCUUCUAACACAGCGAGGGUUCGGAAAUCUCAGCAGAAAUCUACUCCAAAACUGAAUUCUUUCGCCGAGAACGAGAAGGCCCUAGACCAGAUGUUUCUGGAUAGUUUUAGAGGGAAGCAUGAGAAAAAUAGGAGAGUGUUCUAUGAAGAGAGGAUAGUGAAAACGAAGCAAAACCUGGUUGCAACACUGCAAGCUUUAGAUGCCGAGUGCACAUUGUUUAUCGUAGGCCAAGGACAGUCGCUAGCUGCCGCUGGGCUGAUGAUGUCGACAGAGUGCCCUGAGCUUGGCCCUGUAGGGGACCUGUUAGCUCACUCAUAUUCUUCCAUUACUAGUUCAGUUUUAGUUGUAAUACAAAGUAGUUCUCACAAGUCAUUUCCACACGAGAGCUAGAGAAAAUGAUGCAUUUCUGUAAAUCUUUCAACUGGGCAAGUCAAACGAAAACUCACCCAAAUCGACUCUCCUCGGUGGUAAGUGUCCAUCCAAGGGUGACUCUUCCUGCGCCCUGUUAGACUCGUCUGAGACAAUGAGUCUCGCCAUGUUGGUCGAGUCUCUAAGGUCUUCACUGAAUCCUUUCCUCGUUCAGGGCAUUCUUGCUUGCGAAAAAAUGGGAGAUCUGCUUCAAGUCUUUAGGUUGGGCAUAGGGCACCUCUUUUGUAUAGGCCCGAAUAUGUGCAUCAACAAUUGAUAUGUAUAUGAGUGUCAGAAAUACGAAAUUGACUUUUUAAUUAAGACAUUUGUACUCUGUUUCAAUAA